UGAUUCACCAACUUUUGUCUCUGAUGAGAUUAAGGCGUAGGCAUUACAUACCUUCUUGUGCAUCUCACCGUAGAGUUGACGAAGAUGAAAUUUAUUGGGAUGCAAAGAAGCAGGAUGAAGAAUCAGCAUUGUCACCUAAUUCUCCUCGUGCAAUAUCACAAUUAGCUCAGUGCUUCACUAAUGCUAUGGUUGGUCCACGAGCAUGGAUAGGAGGAAUUUUUAGUCGAUCAACCAAUAGAAGGUUUGGAAGUGGCAGAUUUUUUUAUUAUAAUUUUAGUCCUCAUCAGGAAGAGAGUCUUCGAAACCUUCAGGAACGGAUUGGAGUACCUUUUGAUGAGACUUGCUUCAAUCAUCAGCAAGCUCUCCGUGCUUUGUGGGACUUAUCAUUUCCCAACGUUAAGCUCAAAGGCUUAAUCUCUGAUCAGUGGAAGGAUAUGGGGUGGCAAGGAGUGAACCCAGCUACAGACUUCAGGGGUUGUGGUUUCAUUUCGCUCGAGAAUUUAUUGUUUUUCGGAAGAACUUAUCCGGCUUCUUUUCAUAGGUUGCUAUUCAAGCAAACUGGAGAACGUGCUAAGUGGGAAUACCCAUUUGCUGUUGCUGGAAUUAAUGUAUCAUUUAUGCUGAUCCAAAUGUUGGAUUUAUACUCAGCAAAACCUAAGUGCCUUCCAGGAGUCAAUUUCAUCAAAAUGUUGGGAGAAGAUAAAGAGGCAUUUGAUAUACUAUAUUGUAUAGCAUUUGCAAUGAUGGAUGCGCAAUGGCUUGCAAUGCAUGCUUCGUAUAUGGACUUCAAUGAGGUUUUACGAGUAACCAGGAUACAAUUGGAAAGAGAAUUGUCUUUAGAAGAUGUGCAUAAGAUACAAGAUCUGCCAGCUUUCAACCUAUUGUUCCACUAGUUCUUCUGCUUACCACUUUCCUCUUAAACCAACAAAUUACUGCUCUAUUAGUGUACCGUUAGCUCAGCAAAUGGAGGUCCAAAGCAAAUGAACCAUUCAGGAGGGUAAUUUCCACGAUGUAGACCAUAUGUAGAGAAGGGUAUUUGUCUUGGAUAUCUAUGUGUAAAUUGUACUUAUGCCAAUUCAGGUGGUUGUAUGGAAAAAGUUUUGCUCAGAAGACCAUUGCCUAUCUUGCACUUCAUCUUAUUACUAUUUGUGGGGCAGAUGCUGCUCAAAGAAAUGACUAACCAGAAGCUAAUUAUGCCUUUCUAAUUAGACUCUUCAGUGAUUUUCUUUUCAUUUGAUUCUUA